AUGGCUGCCAAUCUUAUUUACCUUUGUGUUUACUAUUUAAACAUUUGUAGCUCAGAAGAUGAGGUGGAUGUGCUCUUGCAUGGCACUCCUGAUCAGAAGCGGAAGUUGAUACGGGAGUGCCUUACUGGAGAAAGCGAAUCUUCCAGUGAGGAUGAGUUCCAAAAGGAGAUGGAAGCAGAACUAAACACCACCAUGAGAACUAUGGAAGGCAAAUGGAAGCCAUUAGAAAUGGAUACUUCCUCAAGUACUGGACAGCCUGGUCCUGCCACCACUUCAAAAUACUAUGAUGACAUUUACUUUGAUUCUGAUUCAGAGGAUGAAGAUAAAAUAGUUGCACAGGACGUCCGGAAAAAAAGAAGACAUCAGCAGCGUCGCGUUCUUUCCAAUGAUGAACUGUUAUAUGACCCAGAAGAAGACAGUCGAGACCAAGCGUGGGUAGACUCACAAAGGAGAGGGUACCGUAAUCAAAGACAAGCGCAGCAGCAAAAACCUCUAGCUGUUCCAAAUAGUGAUGCUGUUUUGAAUUGCCCUGCUUGUAUGACAACGUUAUGCCUGGACUGUCAGAGACAUGAAUCUUACAAAACGCAAUAUAGAGCGAUGUUUGUGAUGAACUGCUCUGUUAACAAAGACGAAAUUCUGAAAUACAGAAAGAAGCUAAAGAAAAGAAAUAAGAAAAUGAGGCACAGCAAAGAAUCUACCUCCAUACAGUCAAAUCAAGAAGAGGAGGAAGUAUAUCAUCCAGUAAUGUGUACUGAAUGUUCAACUGAAGUGGCAGUGAUGGAUAAAGAUGAAGUUUUUCACUUCUUCAAUGUCCUAGCCAGUCACUGCUAAUGUGCAAAAACGCAGAAGAAAAAUCCUGUACUAUUUAAGACUGUGAAGUGUCAGAAAUGCAAACAUGUGAUCCUUUUUUAACUAAUGCCAUUUUAAAUACAUCUUUUCAUCAGAGAACUUUUGUUAAUUGUUGUCAAGUUUUUGCAACGUUUUACGAAAGGAAUCCAGUUAACUGCUUGCAUUUGGGAGAAGAAUUAUUUCAGACCUUCAGGUGGUCUUAUCACUGAGGAUUUAAACUUUUGUAAAUAGAACAUAAUAUCUGUGUAUUCUGAUCAUUGCUUGUGUAUAUACUAUACAUUAUCUCCAUAUGUAUUGGAACAGCUGCUUAGAAUAAAUACUGUAUAUACAAACUGGUCCUUCA